GAAUGCAAAGCGUCAGGGAGGACUCUGCUGUGUGAACUGCAAAGCAGGAGCAAGCAAGCGGCACAUUUUCUCCUGAGCUCCCAGUUCCCUCCUUCAUAUCCCACUCCCCGCUCUGCUGAUUACCACAUAUUAAAGUUUUAGCCUAAGUUCCUGGGAUUUCAACCUUGUUUCAGGAUUUCUCAAGCUGGUCCAAAGUUUGGCUAUGGCUCUCUGAAUCUGCCUCCAUCAGGCAUGGAUGUGAACUCUCUGAUGACAACCGGUGUAGUCAUCAGUCCUAUCACAGGCGGUGUCCAGUUCAGUUUUUUCUCUUUAUGAAGAUGAAUGAAGUGCCUCUGACCUGUUCUACCCUAAAUGUGAAAUCCCAGCAGAAGUGCAAAGCAAAGAAAAAUGUAAAGAAUACAUUUCAUUCAAAUGAAUCCUCAUUCAUUGAGCAGAGGGAAAAGCACCAAAAACAUAAGAAGCACAAAAACACAGCAGACGACAUCUCUGGUGAAGAGAAUUUCUCACUUUUUCCGUGGAGACUCAUCUCUAGUUUGCUUGGUGCCAUGUGCCUUCUCCUGAUGGCUGCAACUGUAGCAGUGACGGUUUCCACUGCAAACUUAUCUUCUGAAAGAACAAGUCCCGCAACCCAGCAAAACGGACUUCAACAUCCCUGCCCAGAGAACUGGGUCUGGUUCAGAUGCAGUUGUUAUCACUUCUCCAAGGAAGAGCUAAGCUGGAGAGAGAGUCAGCUUGCCUGCUUGUCUCUCAAUUCCAGUCUCAUAAGGAUAAGCAGAGAGGAGAUGGAUUUUUUUCAUUUGGAGUCUUUCUUUUGGGUUGGAGUUUACUAUAAUGGAACUAGCAAACAAUGGCAGUGGGAAAACCAUUCAGUUCUGUCCUCUGGGACGUUUUGUGGUUUUAAAACUUAUAUGCAAGAAGACUCCUGUGCAUCUUAUAAGUCAAAAGAAACUUGUUAUCCUGAAAAUUGUGCAAAUAAACUGAAAUAUAUCUGCAAGAAGUAUCAUAUUUAAUCCUAAGGGCUCACAAAAGAUAUGAAAACGAAGCAUUUCUUCUCAAACAUCUCUUUUGGUUGUUUAUUUUCUGAAGAAAACAUUGCAAAUGUUUACCUCUGCUUAAAUAAAAUUGUAUUCAAAUACA